AAAUGUGCUGUCAACUGUCAAAGCUGUCGCAUCGUUCCAACGUCACAACAAUUGAACGCAGCACAAAUCAGCUGUCCCAGUCAAGCUCGGUAAACAUAAAUAAAAGUCCCCGGUGGCAAGCAAAUUUCCUUCCCAAGGCCAGGGCAGUUUUGAGUCCAAGGCAAGGAUGUAAUAGUUGCGCUUUGAAGAGUUAAGAAAACUGGUCCCCUUCUUCUGCGAAGAUAAGUUUCCAUCAUCUUUGCAUGUGUGUCGUGUGUUAUUUGUUGCGUGUUUAGUUGUAAAUAGCCAAACAUUUAAUUCGCUAUGGGUCGAAAUGUUCUAGUUAGCAGUUUGCAGAAUGCGUCCUUCAGCAUCAUCUUCCAGAUUAUAUGCCGGUGCAUUACGUUUGCCAUCAACGCAUUCAUUGUGCGGAACGUUGGACGGGAAGUACUGGGGAUCACCAACGUACGUUUACUACUGCUAGAGAGCACUCUGCUAUUCCUGUCGAAGGAAGCGAUCAUCCGAUCAGCUCUCAGUUCGCGCCAUAACAAGCAAUGUAGUUGGGCACAACUUAUUAACCAGCUAUGGAUAACCGUUCCGGUAUGUUUCACGCUCGCCAUCCCUUGCUUAUACAUUUGGCUGAAUUGGCUUUCGGCAGUUGAUGUAAUGUAUGCCGAACAGUAUCGGUUCGGAUGUUUCGCGAUUGCCUUUUCUUGCAUCAUCGAAAUGACGGCAGAAGCGCCUAUUUUUGUGGGGCAGGUGUUUUGUUUCGUGAAGCUUAAAGUCAUUCUCGAUACCGGACAUAUCUUCAUACGGUCGUUUAUUUUCAUCUUGAUUGUGCUGAUGAACAAGGACGUUACUAUUUACGCCUUUGGCAUCGCACAAAUCACUAGUGCGUGCACAAUUAUCGUCGGGAACUAUGCAUUCUAUUACUUCUACAUACCGAAGCUAUUGCGUUACCGGAAGGAACUUAAAAAGGUAGACGAUAAAUAUGUACUUCGUGAUCGGUAUGGACAACAGUUUGAAAAUAUGGACGAUUUCCCGUUUGUUUCCAUCAAACAAAUGCUUCCGGGAGUGUUACCCAAUUCGGACUCUAUCUUCAACUCCGAUCUGCAAACGCUGGUUCUUAGCUUCGCAAAGCAAGGCAUCCUGAAACAAGUAUUGACUGAGGGUGAAAAGUAUGUAAUGUCUGUCAGCCCAGUACUUACGUUCAGUGAGCAGGCAACAUAUGAUGUUGUUAAUAAUAUGGGCAGCCUAGCUGCCCGGUUCAUCUUCCGUCCAAUAGAAGACAGCAGCUAUUUUUAUUUCACCCAAACAAUUGCACGCGAUACGGUACUUGCGGAACAGAAGCGUGAAAUGGUCCAGGAAGCAUCGGACGUCCUUGCGUACGUUAUGAAAACUGUAACCUCCAUCGGUUUGCUAGCAUUCGUCUUUGCGCAAAGUUAUUCCGGUACGGUGUUACUAUUGUAUGGUGGGGCAGAUUUCGUCGAAGGUGGACUUCCCGAGCUUUUGCUCCGUUGGCACAGUCUUGCAAUUGUUCUGCUUGCCCCGAACGGUAUUACCGAGGGGUACAUGUUUGCGACGAAUACAUCCAAACAGAUCGACACGUACAACUAUUACAUGGCAUUCUUCUCCGUCACAUUUCUGUUGCUAUCAUAUCAACUGACUAAUUGGUUUGGACCGGUCGGAUUUAUAUUGGCUAAUUGCUGCAAUAUGAGCUUCCGCAUCAGUUACAGCGUCUUCUACAUCAACAAACACUUUGGGACGGUUGGUAUGUCACCGCUGCGAAAGUCCUUGCCCGGACCGAUGUACCUGAGCGUACUUAUUGUAUGUGGCAUUGUCUGCAAGAUAUCUGAAGCAUAUUUCGGAGAACGAUCAAUUCUAUGGCAUCUGAUGAUUGGAGCUAUUUGCACUGCGUUGUCAGUUGCCACAUGGAGCUUUGAAAACCGGGAACUACUACGCACGGGAUUGGCACGAUAUCGCACACGAAAGCAGAGUCUGACUCCGAACGAAAUUCAUGGGAAUUGAUUCUCUUCCUUUCGUCAACAAUGAACCUGUACCAAAGACAGCGUAGUUGCGUAGUAAUAAUCUACGUUAAAAAUUUUGUUAUAAUAGUUUUUGUACUUCGCUAAUGCUAUAGCUAGAAGACAUAUAGAGUAGCUCAACAAAUUUGCCUGCUCCUUUACUGUGCACAACGAACAACGAAUGCGGUACCACAAUUGAUACUAAACCAUUAAAAUUAUGCGGACUUGUAAAUUAGUAAAGUAAACAAUAAAAUCUACUUCUAGGAA